AGAGAAAGUAAAACAGGUUGAAGACAAGAUUAAGAUUGGAAAGAAAAUCGAAUAUUGAAUAUGCGAAAAACCCUUAUUUACCAUACGCUCCGACGUCCUUAUUUUGACGCAGACAGAACAUCAUGUUUUCCUCAUGCCGAAGGAAUGACUCGUCCUACUCGUCUUGCCGCAGUCCUCCUUGGAUUUGCGACUUCACUCAUUACAGCCGACACAGGAACCGAUCCAGUCAGCAAGGAGAUCGUCUGUUCGACAGUUACCGUCUCGGCGACGCAUGGCGCAUCAUCCAAGUGUCUGGUCGACAACCCCAGCCUCAGUGAACGAGCCGAUGCAAAUCUUCAUGAAAUCACUCUGCAGGCAGCUUCGUUUGCUCGUGUAUCAAGGACUAUUAUGGCGAGGGCAAGGCGGAAGAGUGAGAGCUGCUUGCUCGGAGACACUGGGGAGAACAGAGGAACCGGAUCGGCGAGCAAGGUGUUGUCUUUGGAUGAAGACGAGGAUGCACAUGAAGAUGCGGAGACAAUAUCGCCUCCAGGCGAGGAAAUUACGAGUAGCAACCGAACAGCGGACAAAUCAGGAGCUUCGUCGUUCAACAUCCUUCACGUCGGACCUUUUCACUUACGAGAAAGCGUUGCCACUGGCCAGCUCUAUGCUACAAUCGAAAGGGCUUUCUUUGCUACUGCCCCCACGGGCGCAAGUUGUACUCAUGAGCAGGUGGUGGACCACGAUCUCGAUCAAUCGACACGUGGAGAACAACAAGUCUCUUCGCCUUUUCAGUUCGACCUGAUCGAAGCCAACCCUGCUGUGUUGCGAGACUUGAAAUCAACGUUACGAGUUCGUUUUCCGCAUUUCGUGAACAGAACAAACAUUGUGCACGCGGCUGUCUUGGGAAUUAUACCGUCAGAUCCUGAGAAAGCACGUGAAGAUGAAGAGGAAAAGGGGAUACAUCACAAGAACAACUUCGUGCCUUUUUACUCGCUGGAUACGAAGAGGAUUUUCACAGGCGCGGCUGCUGCGACUAGAGGACAACAACAACAACAAGGCUCUGAUGACCACAAAGUAGAUGUAGAGUCUCGUUUCCGUUUAUUGCGACUCCUAGAAAAUAUGCGUUUGCAGGCUUUCACCGAACGGGACCACUUGCUUCGACAUAUGGAUGUCAUCUUAGAUGCUAUGAAAAUGAAUGACCAUGAUGCUGGCGUUGGCGAUACCUUCGACUUGAAAAGCAAGAUCUUAGAUUUCGUCAAGGAGACGCAUGUGCCGGCGGGACGGUUGCAGGCGUUUCUCCGCGAAGGCGAAAAAGGAUCCGAGAAUACAAAAAUUAGGCUUUCAGACAUUCUCUUGCUCGAUACACCAAAUAGUGUCGACAUUCUUAUGGAUUUUCUUACUGGGAUCAUGCAAACACUCGAAACCGAGCCCGAAGCCGUAGUGAGACCUCUACUCCCAUGCCUGAUUCGUUUCCACUGGUUUUGGGGGCAUGGAUAUUUUCCCUAUUCAGAAGUCCAAAAUGUACUAGAAUCUAAGAUACAAUGGAUUUUAGAUACUCUCGUCUCGUCUGGUUACGAAGUUUUGCAGCAUCGUGAGUUUUUCUAUGCUAUCUUGAGGAACGACGAUGCUGCUGUGUCCUCGUGAAUACUAGCC